AUGUUCCACCCGACGCAGAAUGUGAGGGGCGAGGUCAGUGAGUUCUAUUCCGGCCUGGACACACAGGAAAUGAGGACCCGCCCAGAACUCAGCAGUUUGUUCGACACGUCCGAGAAUGAUGAGUUCCACCUGCUCCUAGGCAUGACAAAGCAGAGCGUUCAGCUGGCAGCAGACAUGAUAGGUUUCAAUCCGGAGAAAUACAGCCGUAAGACUGUGUUUGAACAGCGCGGCAAGCUCGACUACAUCACCGGGAUAUGCGGCGAUGAGUUGACAGGGUACGACUUUGCCGAGAAUAUCAAGUUAUGGCUGAGACAGAAUCAGAACGAAGAAUGGUCUCUCGCAGAAGUUUGGCUUGCCGGUAAAGGCCCUGGUGUAGGAAUGGCUACUUUGUUCGUGUCUCACAUACGGGCGCAACCACUAGAGGCUACUUUACAUAAUGUACCCGAUGACGUUUAUUUGUGGCUUGAUUAUCUGUGGCGGAUAUCACCCUUCGGCAAUGUCAGGAUGACUACGUUCCAGAGAGAGUGUCGGGCGUCAUACAGUAUCUAUCAAAGGCCCAUGAUGGCACUCGUGUAG